AUGAGUUCUUGCAACAGCAUUGUUUGGAGGUCGCCGGCUGCGGUCGGAGCAUUUGCAACGAACUUGAUGUGCGAGAAAGGAGAGGUGGCUUGCCGGAGUCCUUGCAGGAAUUUGAAUCGUUGUGUGAACGAAGAGGUCAGACUCGCGAAAGCAACUUGCUCUUGUGGUACCAGGAGGGAGGGGAGAACAGGGCCCACCGUGACAUCUAUGGAGAAGUGUCAUACCCCUUGCAGAUGCUGCUGCUCUUGAGUCAGCCUGGGCAAGACUUUAACGGCGGAAGGUUCUUCACGAUUGUUGAUGGCCGGAAGCAAGAGGCCAACUUGAACUGUGGAGACCUGUUGAUAUUUCGCACUUCUUGCAAGCACGGCUGCACGUUGGUGAG